AUGUCGAAGCCACCGACUGCUAACUGGGAAAGAGUUGGCGAUAAAUUCUAUCGACGAUUGCCAAUAUAUACCGACGUUUUCGACGCAGAACUCGAGCUUGAGGAUUAUGCAAUCGCAGGCGCUCCGUACAGUGGUGCUGUAGCCUUGCGCCGCGAUGAAACGAAACUCUACGCCGUUCGCAACCCUCAGGCUUCCAAACCGACCAUCGAUAUCUACAGCUGCGCCGGUAAGCUGAUACGCCAAAUCAAUUGCGACAAAGAUGUUCUUGCUGGACUGGGUUGGUCGGAAGACGAAACACUCUUGGUGGUAACGAACAACGGCGGUGUCCGACAAUAUGCGGACUUGCAAUCGGAUUUCCGUCCCUUCAGCUUGGGACACGGCGCCGAAGAGCACGGCGUGAAAGCAUGCAAGUUCUGGUCGACGGGCUUCGUCGCGCUAUUGGGAAACAACGAGUUGAUUGCCGUCACGAAUUAUGAAGAACCACGACCGCAAUUACUGGCAUCAGCACCCAAAGGAGCCGUGAUUUCGUGGGCUGUCAUUCCUCCGGAGUACACAUCGUCUCGAUCUGUGGAAGUGUUGCUGGCGAUCGGCGACACAGUCUACGUUGUCGAUGCAGCUGAGUGCGAGGAUCGAGGUCUCCAGGCCGGGCCAUUCCGACAUAUCAGCGUUUCUCCAAACGGUCGAUUUGUUGCGCUGUACACCGAUGAUGGCAAAGUUUGGGUGAUCGGAAGUGACUUUCAGGAAAGAUAUAGCGAAUAUCAAUCCCGAGUCAAGACACCGCCUCGAGAUUUACAGUGGUGCGGCAACAAUGCUGUGGCGCUCGCUUGGGAAGACGAGGUCCACCUGGUAGGUCCGGAUGGAGCAGCCAACAAGUUUGACGACUACCGCUCUUUUGUGCACCUGGUCCCGGAUAUUGACGGAAUUCGAAUCCUCACCAGUGAGGCAUGCGAGUUUGUUCAAAAGGUGCCAGAUUCCACUGGCGAAGUCUUUCGGUUCGGGUCUAGAUCGCCUGCAGCGGUGCUCCUCGAUGCAAUCGCGCAAUUAGAGGAAAAGUCACCGAAGGCUGACGACAACAUCCAAAUGAUUCGUCCCAACCUCGACGAAGCUGUCGACGUGUGCGUCAAAGCUGCAGGACAAGAGUACAGCAUUCAUUGGCAGAAGCAGCUACUCAAAGCUGCCUCCUUUGGCAAGUCCAUACUCGAUUUGUACAACAGCGAUGAUUUCGUCGAGAUGACCGAAGUUCUCCGAGUGCUGAAUGCGGUCAGAUUCUUCAAGGUCGGACUGCCUCUGACAUACGAACAGUACGUCCGUCUGACUCCAGAACGGCUCGUUCAGAGGCUGGUGAACAGACAAGAGUAUCUGCUUGCACUCAAGAUCUCUGAGUACCUUCAUCUUCCAGUCGAUCGCAUAUACGUUCACUGGGCACGACAGAAAGUGCGUAGUUCAUCAGGCGAUGAAAGCGCCAUGUGCGAAGAGAUCGUCAACAAGCUCAAAGGCACGCGUGGCAUCUCAUUUGAAGAAAUUGCCCGUACAGCAUUUGAUGAAGGCAGAGGCACACUUGCGACAGAGCUCUUGGCUCAUGAACCUAGAGCUGGAAAACAGGUUCCACUACUCUUGAACGUGGGCGAGGGGUCACUGGCACUCGACCGGGCCAUUGAAAGCGGCGAUACAGACCUCAUUUUCUAUGUUCUACUUCACCUGAAGAAGAAAUUGCCCCUCUCCAGUUUCUUCCGGGCUAUCAACAGUCGCCCGGUCGCCACCGCUAUCAUCGAGGCCUCAGCAGUCGACCAAGACCAGGAGAUGCUGAAAGAUCUCUACUAUCAGGAUGAUCGAAGACUAGAUGGUGCCAAUCUGCUCAUGUCCGAAGCCUUGUCUGCCAGUGAAAUUAGCCCGGCCAUCGACAAGAUGAAAAGUGCAGUCAAAUUGCUGCGUGAUAGCAAAGAAUUCACACAGCAAGCUACAGCCAUCGAGGACGCCCAGAAAUUGCUGCGCAUACAGGAGACGUUUGAGAGAGACCUCAACGAAAGCUACAUCGGCCUCUCCGUCGACCAAACCAUCAGCAAGCUGAUGAAGACUGGAAACAUGAAGCGCUCUCAACGAGUCCAGACGGAGUUCAAAGUCAACGACAAAACGUUUGCUUGGAUUCGGUUAAAAGCUCUCGUCAGCCGACGUGACUGGAGAGAGCUCGAGGAGACGGCCAAAGCGCGGAAGAACCCCAUCGCCUGGGAGUCAUAUUUUAACGAGAUCCUUGGUGCCGGCAAUCCCAAAGUAGCGUCAGCUUUUAUUCCGAAAUGCACGACCUUGACUGUGGCGGAGAGGAUCGAAAUGUGGGUCAAAUGUGGCAUGGUGGUCAAGGCUGGAGAGGAAGCGCUCAAGGCGAAAGAUCGUGCUGCGCUGGAGGAGCUGCGCUUGAAGGCCAGUGGUCAGGGAAUGCUCGACAUUGAUCGAAUGAUUGCACAGCUUCAGAAGGGACGAUAG